GCCCAGACGCUGAACGGUAGAUGUGCGCGCGCACUUACGGUCUGGUCCGUUCUGUGCUGGGGAGGAGGACACGCAUUUCAGGAUAGGAUAGUGUCUGGGCAUUCAGUACAGAGUAGGAUUUCAUUGACACAGGACACAAAAGCUCCUCCAAAAUGAAUAUAGUAUUGGGAAAUUGUGUGGGAAGCUGCGACCAAUUGGCCGGACCACCACCUGACUUUAUACUAUCGAUGCCGCCGCCGCCAUUGCCAUCGUUCCUCAUCAGCAAACCGAUAACCAUCGAGACUCUGAUGCCGCCGUCCAACGAGUCGCAGCCGUGCUUUGCCGCAUUCAUGUGCGGUGGCCAGGGGGGCCAGGGCCAGCACAAUGACAGCAAUGGCAAUGCUCUGAUGGAGCUGGUGCGUAGCAGCGAUACCAGGAGUCUGGAGAAUGUUUGGUUCUUUGUCUCCUCCUGUGUGGGCAUAUUCGUGCUGGGCUGCUUCCUGGCCAUCAUUGUGAUCCGAUGCAGGGAGACAUUCCUCUCCUACCACGACGCAAACAUCAAGCAGACGGCCAUCAAUGCCUUGGGCGAGGCAACCAAAUCGAAUGCCUUCUCCUCGGGCGGCAUACUGUAUCCUUGUGCGACGGCCAACAGUAGGGACCUGCUGCAGAGUCAGCUGGUGAAUGAUAGCCGCCUGCUGUGGGCCACUCUAACACCGCACGGCACUAGGCACUUUAUCAUUGAAAACUCCCAGGAUGGAGGGCACUACGAGUCGGUGGAUUAUCGCGGCAAGGCCCACAGUCAGGUGUUUCGCGGCUAUGCCAAGCACUCGCAAUCGUUUGUCAAGUCGUUUGAUAAUAAUGGUUUCGUUGAUUAUGACUAUGAGGAUCCCACACCUUUGAUGGAUUCCUAUCACGAUGACAUGGACUCGGGCUAUCAGGAGCCCCAUGAGGUGACCGGCUCGCUGAAUCAGUCGUCCCCCAUGCAUGGCCAUGCAACAGCCAAUGACACACCGACAAAUGUGAACACCCUAUCGAUUAGCCGCAAGACCACUCUGUCGCGCCGCAUCAGCGAUGCCUCCUCGCACAACGGGACAACGAUGUAAUGUCUGCUGGGUGCCGCACGAGUUUCGUUAUGUAAAUUACACCGAAAAAGAGUGAGGAGGGUGCAGGUCCAUCCACAACUAACUACUACAGAUCGUCACAGUAUUUUCGAUACAGAUUCCAGACACAGAGAUACUGAUGAUAUUUUAGUCUACUCUUAAGUAGGGGGAAUACAGACACAAAAGAUACCGAAUACAGAUCGGAGGAAUAGAAAGCAAUACUAAUGUUGAUUAAGUAUAGAUUCGCGCUAAUCGUGCAUCGAACCAAAACAAAAACAAAAAAAACAAACAGAACAAACUAAUAUACGCAUUGAUCGCUCUCUCAAUUGCUUUUUAAACUCGUACGUGCAUCAGAAAAACCCACACACACACACACAAACUAUAAAACUAAAUACUACAAAUACUAGAACUACUAAACUACUACAACUACUAAGCAUACUAAAAACUAAAAACUAAUCAAUUAGUUUCGGGCAACAACUAUUGUAUCUCAUUACAUGCAUACCUAUUGAACCGAUUUCUCAAACGCUGGAUUGAAUAAUUAUAAAAUUUUAAACGUACACA